AUGCCGCCUGGUCUGAUUCAACUUUCAAUCGAAACCCCUACCUUACCGAUUCCUGCUAACGCAGUGAUUGCGCAGGAGGAGGCUCUUCGAAAUGAACUUCGUCGCAACCUGCCUCAGAUGGAGCUCAACCAGUGGUGCCUCCAUUUAUUGUAUCGGUCAUGGUUCAUGGACGAUUCAGGUGUCUACCGUAUAAACAAAGCCAAUGGCAAGCCUGAUAAGAGGGUCAAGUACACCCCUGAGGACCUGUGGAAGGAGUGGGUGCGUCUCACAGGCAUUGUACAUGCCUCUUCACAGGUCUUCACCGCCAAAAUCCUCCCCAAAAUCGACUGUAUUCUCGCCUCGCGUCACACAUUUGAAGACCAGUUCUCCGAGGCCUUCAACCUUCGACUCGAACAUAAUUUGUCUACCCGUAUGCCCGUUGGCUUCGACCGGGCUUGGAAGAUCACCAACUUUGCACAUCCCUUUGAGCUGGAGGAAACCGGUGAUAGUGAUGUCCGGAUCGCAUUGUGGGUGGCAGAUAGGAUCAAGGCGGUUAUGGGAUGA